AAUCUGUUUCUUUGAUUUUUCUGUUUUCACACAAGCUAUCUUGUUCUAAAGGUUUCAUUCUCCUUUAAGAUCUCAGCUGAUGAGAAAUGAAGAGCUUGAAGAAAAUAAAUUUGACGGGUAGCCUUGUUCUCCUCCUCACAAGACAAGGUGCUGAGGCAUCCCUGGGGAAAGUCAUCAGUGGUGUCAUCGGGGUCGGUGUUGCUACGGUUGCUCUAUCCGCAGCUUUAGGCAUUGCAGGAUUCACCGCAGCGGGUAUCACGGCUGUGUCCUAUGCCGCAGGAAUGAUGUCAGCAUCAGCAAUGGCAUCAGGAGGAGGAGUUGCGGUGGGAAGCACAGUAGCGGUGUUGCAGUCAGUUGGAGGCGCCGCUGGAGUUCAACAACUGCAGCCGCAGCGAGCGCUGUUGAAGCUGCCGUUGGCAAUGCUCUUGGUUCUUCUACACGACAUUCUUAUUAAAGAACAACACAUAACGUAAUUAUUCUGAGCACAUACACAAGUGUAUCAGUUAAGACAUUCUCAGCAUUAGACCCCAGCUAUAGCAUUCAGAAUAAUAAAUACAGACAUUGUUUUGCCGAUUGCUCAUGUAAUUCAUUAGGCCUAUUAAAUUUUCAUUUCAUUCAUAUACCUACUAAUCAUUUAACUCCACUUAAAAAGACACAAACUGCUAUCAUUAAACGGUGUGAUUACAAAAUCAGCUCACGUUAAGAGAUGGAUGGUCAAACCACCAUCCAAAUUAGUUCUAAAUGCUCAUUAUGAUUUAUUGCAUAGGUUUCUCUCUUUAAUUCCAUUCCACCUAACCAAUGAAAAAGAUUACAGAAUUGAGCUUACAAUUCAUUUCAAAGGUUUCUCUUGAGAACUAUUAAAUUUAAUCAUUCCCAACCACCCUCAAACUCACUAAACUGACUAAAUUUUAAGCAGAGAACAAUGCCGGAGAAUAAUUCUUAAUUCAAGGGUAAUGAGCAAAAAAAAAGGAGAAAGAACA